CGCAUGCAGAUAUAUUUCUCAACAAUAAUUAAACAUUAACCAUGAAGUAGUUAUGUAUUUCUAAAAAAGUACAUGAUGGUCAUUAUUGCAAAGUUCCAGCUAGAUUGCAACAUUGUCGUCUGAAUUUUCAACAAAUUCCUUCAUCGAACAUUCAUGAAACAUCGGAAAUAUUCUUCAAAUAUGAUUCCGUUGUGUGCAACAUCUGCAUGACUGUGCAUGUGCAUCACCAGAGGGCGCGUGCACUGGACACGAGGACUGCUCUACUGCUCCAUUACAAUGUCAAUAAUAUGGUCAUAUCUGCAUUUUCUGUACCAUUGAACUCAAGGAAACAGUAUAUAUAUUUGCAGUAAUCGGCACAUCCGUUUCCAUCUGAAUGCAGCGCUCGUGUUGCGUGUUAAUGUCAUGCAUCUGUGUUCCUCACGCAGAGUCUGCUUUUGAAAUACACGGGAAGACCAGGAAACCAAAGGAUUCCAUUAAGGAUUUGUGUGCAAUCCAAAACAUCAUCUCAUAUAUAUAAGCUUGACUGGAGGCUAGUCCAGAUGGCUUUCAUGUCCAGACUGUCUCGGUCACGGAGUAAUUCCAGGUCUCCCAGCAGAAAGGACUCGGAGAAGGGCUGUCCGGUACUAACUGUUUCUGAACUUGAGCGUCUGCUGUACACGGGGAAAACCGCCUGUAAUCAUGCAGAUGAAGUGUGGCCAAGACUCUACAUAGGUGACCAAGAAAUUGCCUCAAACCGCAAAGAACUCAUCAAGCUGGGGAUCACACACAUCCUCAACUGUGCUCAGAGCAAAUGGAGAGGCGGUGCAGAGCAUUACGCUGGCAUGAACAUCACAUAUCAUGGCAUUGAAGCCCAUGAUUCGCCCUCCUUCGACAUGAGUGUGAACUUCUACCCAGCGUCCGAGUUCAUUCACAGAGCCCUUAGUACUGGAGGAACGGUUCUUGUGCAUUGUGCCGUCGGGGUGAGCCGAUCUGCUACGCUGGUUCUGGCUUACCUCAUGAUCCGGCAGAACAUGACUUUAGUGGAGGCCAUCAAGACCGUGAAGGACCACCGUGGCGUAACACCCAACCGCGGUUUCCUGCGUCAGCUCAGCGGCCUGGACAGCGUUCUGCGUGCCAGCCGCAAUGCAACAUAAACUCACUGGUAGCAUUUGAACUUUCUGGCCCAGGCCUUGACCUAAUGCGUUUGUAUUUGCAGUAAAAUAAGAGCAGAAUGUCUUCACAUACAGUGAGUUUAUUCCAGCUGUCCUCCUGCGGUCAGUACAAAUGCCUUAUUACAUCAGGAACUCUAGAAAUGUACGUAAUGCCUUAUUCACUGUUAACCGUUCACAUCUGUUCACAUGACCACCCACUGAAAUGUUGCUGUGUUAAUCGCCGUAGAAAAGUGACCACAUGUUUUCGUUAAAGCAAGCAGGAAUGCUUAAGAAGCCUUUCGCACACAAUGUGUUUUUAAGACGUAGCGCAGUGGAAUUAAAAAAAAGAACAAAAAAGGUGCAGAUAGUUGAACUUUUAAUGCUGCGUUUUUAGAACGACAUGUCAUGCGCAAACUGCUGCAAAAGAUCUGAGCGCAAUGGGCAAAUACAUCCGUCUAUCGCAUGUUUACAUAGAAAAACAAUGUAAAAGCAGCACAGUGGGAUGCAAAAAAUCUGUGGCAUUUACAGAACUAGAGACAUGUGUUUUUUUUUUUUUAAGUUGAAAUUCUCGACUCGAGAACGCCGUGUCAUGCAUGAAACACUGCAAAAGACACCAGAUGCUAGCGCAACAGUCAAACGUGUCCGUCUAGUGUGUUUACAUAGAAAAACAAUAGAAAAUCAGUGCAGUGUAAUGCAAAACGCAUUCUGUGUGAAUGGCCCCCAAGCCUGGUCUAAGCCUGGUUUAUGUUCGACACACAUUCACUAAAAAUGGUGCUUUUUUACAGUUAAAAAAAUGGUGCUUUUUUUUUACAGUUCAAAUGGGUCAUUUGAAUAGAAUUUCAGCUCGACAGAAUGUUCCAGGAUCAGAUUAGAUUGUGAUAGAUUUUACAAAAUAAUGUGCUGGAAACAAAUAUGGAAAAUAAAAACAUCUGCCAUCUUGAACAGAUCUUAAGCCAGCACCACUAUUGCUAUUGCUAUUGCAUACUUAAGGUUAAAGAUUUAGAUAAAAAAAGAAAACAAAUAUUAAACUCUGGCAAUAUUUCAGCUACUUACAUAAACAAUACUGCAAAAUGUGCAACUUGUUCUAGGUUUGCAUGUGUUGGAUGACCAAAAAAAACAUUUUUGACCUUGUGACCACCCAUAACAAUCUAGUGAGCCACACAGAAAUGCCAGAGCAACUGUAGCAGUGAUCUAGUAACCAUCCACAACACCUUUGUAACCACCUAGAAAUCCUAAGGGGCCAUUUACACAGAAUGCAGUUUUGCGUUUAACAACGCGAGACGCAGAGUAGUGGAAUGGGGAAAAACGCAAGGUCCAGAGAUCCAGCGUUUUUUAAAAUUUGAACUGUUAACUUGAGCGCUGCGUUUUUAGAAUGUUGUGUCCAUGUUUAACACUAGCUGCGUCCCAAUUCAGAGGCUGCAUCUUUCAACGGCUGCAUUUGAAGGCCGAUUGCGUCACAGCAGUGCGAUAAAGGCUGUCCCAAUUCGAAGGCUGCUUCAAAUGCGGCCUCCAAAUGCGUCCUUUGUUUCCCAUGAAAUGAAGGAUACAACAGAUGGAUCUUUCGCUGCCUUGCCUACCACAGAAUUCAUUGUGCACCGUUGACAACAGGAUUUUUUUGAGAGAAAUUUCUGAAUUACACUUUCAAACGUAAAUAUUGGGUUUCAACUUACCCAAAUAUCUAAUGAUACAAGUGAAAAAAAAAAACUUUAAAGCGGUUCAAAUGUUGACAUAUCUUACUAAGAUGCAAUUAAAUAUAGUUUAUACUUUACUAUAUACAGAAAUGGACCAUGGUGGACAUAUUUAGACAGUUUGUGAACCCUGUUUUGCUUUCAGGCAGUUGAAUAUAACUUUCAAAAAAGUCCAGUACAGACGUUACUGCCACUCAUCAACGGCAGCUAUUACAGCAGCUAGGCGACAAGAACAAUCCUCCAUAGGCUAGACCAUCCCAUUUAACAAUGCUCGGUCUGACCUUCGCGGGCUUCGAAGGAGUGGCCUUUAAAGUCCAAGUCCUUUGAAGGAUGCAGCCUCUGAAUUGGGACGCAGCUAAUGACUGCAAAAUGCACGAGAUGCAAGCGCAUUUAUUUAUAAAAAAUAAAAAAGGUAAUCGAGACUUUUCUCACAAUUGCGAAUUUACAUCUCAUAAUUCUGACUUUUUUUCUCAGAAUUGCAUGAUAUAAACUCACAAUUAUGAGAAAAGUCAGUCUUUUUUCCUCAGAAUUGGACAUUAUAACUCGCAAAUUACUGAGAAAAGAAGUCAGAAUUGUGAGAUACUAACUCACAAUUGUGAGCAAAAAGUCAGAAUUAGUGUUAGUCAAAAAUGUCUAUUUACAACAUGUUUUUGAAGCAUUGAUCAAUUGAGCCAAUCCCAGACCUAUCUGUUGAGUGUGUGAACACAAUGGCCAAUCAGAUGUGUUUAAAGGCCUGUACACGCUGGGACGAAUAUCGCACACGAUUAUCGCCAACGUUUAACGCCUUGUGACUAAACAAAAAGGGCGCCAAUGUGAGUGUGCACACCGACGCGAAAAACGGCAGCCGUAAAAGCAGGUUCGUUUUUUUGGUUUGACGCGCCGCGUUAAAAUCUGUCCGACUAAUGAGACUGGCACUUUUGUAUUAUAUGCCAUUUUAGUUCUGUAUUUUUACUGUUUUUUUGUUUUUUUUACAUUCAAGAAAUAUAGUUGAGAAUGUCUAUUUCAUGUUUAUUUGCACUACCGUCAUUGUGACUGUUUCUGACUACCAUCUCCUCAUGUCAUGUAUAUGCCAUAUAUGCCAUUUUAUAUCUGUAUUUUUAUCUUCUUUAAUUUUAUUAGUAUCAUAAAUAUGUUUAUUUGCACUACUGUUCAGCACAAGUGCCAUAUACUGUCAGGGAGUGAAUUUGCACUUUCACUCGGCACGUCGGCAGCAAAAAUCGCUUGGGUAUGAACACGAAAAACGUCUCGAAAAAUGCUGGCGAUAAGUGUGCGCGAUAGUCGUCCCGGUGUGUACGAGGCUAAUCCGCUCAACAGCGCUCAAAGUUUCAGUACCGACUUGGUUCCAAAGUCGGUACUUUUGACAACACUUGUCAGAAUUGCGAGAAAAAAAGUCAGAAUUGUGAGUUUAUAAUGUCAGAAUUACGAGUUCAAACUCACAAUUCUGACCUUUUUUCUCGAGAUUAUAUCUCUCUAUUCUGACGUUUUAUGACGCAAACUCGCAAUUGUGAGAAGUCAGAAUUGUGAAAUAAAAAGACACAAUUAUAUUUAAAAACAAAUUUAUUCCAUGGUGGAAACAAGCUUCCAUAAGCAACCCCUCAGAACACCCUAGUAACCACUUAGCCAUACCUUAGCAACUGCCUAGAGCACCCUAGCAACAACCCAGAACAGUAUACCGCAUAAUAUUGUCAUAAUGACCAUCCAGAACACCGUAACAACCACUUGAAUAUUUUGAAGGCCAGAUUGUCUUAUGAAGCACGGCUCAUAUUUUCUCCAGAAGAUGUAGUUUUAACCCCAAAUUCAAAAAUGUCUUGUUAUAGGUGCAGUGUUAUAGUUAUAAUAGAAAGCUUGAAAGUAUGAUCCAUUCAUUUUGCAUUUAAAAGCCGGUGUCUCAAGUGUCUUUUAAUGAAGGUAAUGUAGCUGAUCACAUUCAUCACAAAACUCUAAACUCAAGUGUACAUGUGACUAUAUGCAAAUUGCAGUCAGUUUUGUUACACAUUAACUUGUUUGAUUUAUCAUUGAUGUGUGCUUUAGUUUGUCUGUAUAAAUACUACAAAAAAGAUGUCAUGUGAAGUAUUCUACACGUUUCAAGUUAUACAAGUCGUCUCUUUUAACUUGUUUUGUAUGGUAUUGUAAAAUAUGGUAGCUACACAACAAGUGCAACCUUCUUGUACUUACAAAUCCAGCAAAUCCUCAAGUGCAGUACAAUGUACCAACUGUAGCUGUAUCAAUUACAGUGUGCUAGUAUUAUUGUCAUUUCUGUACAUUUGUAUUAUUGGGGACAGCUGUUUACUGUAUUUGUGUAUGUGUUGGUCGUCGUAACAUCUUCCAACCACUGCAACAGCUGGAGCUAAAUACUGCCAGGACUGCCAAUCCCUUCCACAGUAUGUGGAGCUGAACCACACACCAGUUUGUGUCUUAAAAACAAGUGUCGAUCACUCAGAGAUUAAACUUGUUUUGGACCAAAUUUCUGAGUUGAACGGGAACGUGCAGCCAGAGACAAACUGGGGAGUUUGUAAAAAUCAUGAUGUUGUUAUUUUAUUUAUAAUGCAUAUGAAAUCUAAUAAACAUUAUUUCAUUUUUGCAAA